AAGUAAAAAUUGCCAGUUGUUUCUUCAGGUUUAAGUAGUGUAAUAUCCGUAAAGUUAUUAUACAAACCAAAAACAGAUUGGAAGUUGGGAAUAAUAUAUGUUUAUUCUAAAAAUGUAAUAAAAGUAUAUUUUUUAAUAUAGGUAUAAAUAAUGGUGUUAUCAUAAAACGAGAAUUUUUGCUAUUCCACUACGAGUGGAAAGCUUUCAUAACGAGUAACGUUAACGUCUUUAGGCUUAAACGUUCCCGAAGCAAAAUCGAGUACGGGCAAAGGUGCGUGCGGGGUAAGCAGUAGGACUAGGUGUAUCGUCUUCAGUCCUUGGUUGGCUAAGUCUACUAAGUAUAAAAUAUUAAGUAAGAAAAAAGUUACAAUUUUGAAUAGAGAGCAAGAAAAUGAGGUAUUUUAAGGGGAAUCAUCCAAGUUUGUUCAAGACAAAAUACAUGUUUAAAAAAGAUUGCUUUAAUUCUUUGUUAUGUAGUGGUACUAUCACUAACAGUAACACAUAUAUCAGAACUAAAUUUUCUAAUAUUUGUGAAAGGCAAAAUUAUUAUUUUUGUGAGCAAAGAAAAAGCGAUGCACUUCCAGUUUUUAAGCUUGAUUUAAUUCAAGCUACAUCUAGAAAUAGAAGAUCUGGCUUGUUAGCAGGGUUAUUAAAAACUACAUGUCGAUCUUUAAUCUUUAGUGUUUAUAGACCUGUUCUUGGUUUUCACAAAGAGUACAAGAGCAAUUGUUUUUACCCUCUUUUGGAGAGCCCAGGAAUGUCAUUAUUAAAGUUCCAAUUACCCUUGAAAACUGUUGACUGGAAAAUGACGUUAUUACCAAUACCAGUCAACAGGUCACAGUCAUUCAUGUGCUACAAUUGCUCAUCUAAGUCCACCUCACAGAAAGAGAAGAAUUGUUUUAGUUUUUACCCUUUGCCCAAAGCUUUAAGACAGUUUUCAACUUCUGCUGUGUAUUAUGAGCAAGAAAAACCAGAUGUAGAAGGUGAUGGCAAAGAUGAUAAAACUGCUAAUUCCUUAACGGAUUUCCCACAUAUUGUAUGGCCAAGCUUAUUUUUGACUGUUAAAAACUGGAUUCAGACAAAGAUUAUUAUCCAGCCAUACUUGGACAAACAGUUUAACCACAAAGACUUUGUGGUAGGAGCUAAACAGGCUUUGGGAGUAGUUUCAUCUUUACUUGCUGUUGGAGACUUUGAAGGCUUGGAUGGUUUAGUAACUCAAAAUGCUAUUGCUGAAAUAAAGAAGAACUACCUCACUCUGAAUGUCCAGCAACGUCAAGAACUGGAAGUAAAACUAAAUGACAUUUACUUUUGCUUUCCGUACCAAAUUGGCAUCAUGUUGGAGGAUGGAUCACAGCAGAGAUUUGUGGAAGUCACUGUUGUUUAUCACUGUCUUCGUGACUUUGAUGAAAUUAAAAAAGAAGAUCCAAGUCUUCAAACCAUCAACCAAUAUAAGGACCGUAUCUUUGUUUGUAACUACAGGUUUAUACGAGAAUACACCAAAGGAGUAGAAAGUGACUGGAUUAUCAAUCGCCUAAAUCACUUCAAACCUAGUAAUCUUGGAUGAAAUGAAAAACAACUUUAGUUACAUUGUAUAGUUCAUAUAAUUUGUUUUAAUUGUUCAAGCUAGGUUGUUUUCAUCAAAUGUUCUAUCAAAAGAAAGAUAUUGUGAAGAAACUAGAUUAUGAUGUGGUUGCUGGGUAUUCUGGUGAUAUUAUUGUAAUUAGAUAAAUCAUUAAAAUGCUAGUAUAAAGCAGCUGAUGGAACUUUUUAAGCAACGAAUGUCCAUAUUAGUAUAAAUAAACAAAGUUAUGUGGA